UACAACAUUAUUAUAUUCUUUUAAUACCACAUGCUUUAAUACUGACCAGAAAAAAACCAUCAGAACACCAAACUUUCACACUCACAUACACCCAACAAAGAUAAAUUAAAGUACCCCACCUUAACUUUGCUUAUUUGGACCAGAUAUUGACACGAUACCAACAUUUUUCUUCAUGCAUUUCCCUCCACAAAUUUCCCAACUUAACUAACACCAAACACCCUCUCCAUUUUCUCCGCUUCAUCAUCAUCAUAAUCUCUUUCUCUUUCUUUCCUCUUGUUUUCUCCUCCAUCUAAAUCCCCACCACACCACCACCGUCAGAGUCUAAAAUCAACGAUAACCGUCUCGUCAAUGACAGACACCACCUUCUCAAAGCUAUCCGACGACGUAACCCUUAAGAUAUUCUUCUUAUUAGAAGAUGAUCCGCGUCACUGGGCGCGUUUGUCUUGCGUUUGUAAGAAGUUUAGCUCAUUGAUAUCUACGGUAUGUUGUAGAUCAAAAUGUCUAAGUUUUCUUCCUUCUGUUUCUUCCGAUCUUCUUUCGGUAUCGUCUUCGGACGGUUGGGAUUCUUUGUUGAAGAGCGCUGUUUGCUGCCCUGGUCUCCUCCAUGCCGGGGUUUUGCUCGAUAACUCCGAUUUCGGUCUCGGCCGCGAAAUCGGAGCUACCGAGGAAUAUCUACAACUCGAAACCCUAAUCCAAACCAAAACCGAAACCAAUACGAUAUCUGAUUCGUUGUUGUCGUCGUCAACAUCAGAACUAGCAACCGUCAAGGAUGACAAUGGUAUUGAAACACAAAUUGUAACAGAUAUUAACUCAAAUGAAAUCGAUAGUGGUAAUAAUGAUAACCCCGAGUUUGGGGGUUGGUCAUUAUACGAUGAUUUGUACUUCGAUACAAUCUACGAUAACUCCGAGUCCACCACCCCUAUGGAGAUAACCACAGGGCUGUCGAAUCUGGACUCGGAGUUUAUUGUUACAAACAAUGAAAACAAUGAGGCGGCCAAGAGACGUAAGGUCUCGAGGCCGCAACGGUCUCACCUGGCUUCAGGAGUGUGGAACCUGAGUAGGGAACAAGGAAGUAAGUUGUUAGCGAGUCGAUUUCGAGACGAUUGUUUGUACAUAAGUGAAUGGCCAGGGUGUGUUCAUAUUGAGGACAAGCGGAAUUACAUGUUGUUUAGAGGAGUUUUUAAGAACUUCAAGCGAACCCGAGUGUGGCGAACGAUAAACGACGGGAAUCGGAGUAGUAUUGAUCUAAACUGUGCGUUUUGUAGUUGUAAAGAGACGUGGGAUUUGCACUCAGCGUUUUGUUUGAAGAGAGGGUUUGGGUUUCAUGAUGAUGGAGAGCCUGUUGUUAGAGCUUAUGUUUGUGAAAAUGGUCAUGUUUCUGGUGCUUGGACGGAUUUGCCCUUGUACACUUGACUUGAGCGGCUUUCGUGGUGAGGGUAGUAUGGGAAUUUCAUCUUUAAUUGAAAGAGGGCUAUUUUUUUAAUUUUUUUUUCGAGGAAAUAGAGGAAGGUAACUUGACAAAUUUGAUUGCAAUAUUUUUGCUUGUUAUUUUAUCAUUAGUAUUUUAUGAAUUAAUAAUCCUUUUUUUUUUAAACCUGUAUUAAUAAUCCUUUAAAUAUAUAAAUAUUUUUUGUUGUUGAUUGAAGAAAUUUAAUAUAAUUGAUUUAUUCAUUUUGAUAUUUGGUUGAGGUUACAUGAUGAUACAGGUACAGAGUAGUCUAAAAAAACAAAAUCCAUCUUUUCUUAAUUUUUUGCCCCAUUACAAAUAAUGGGUUAAACAUAAAAAAAUUUGACAAAUUCUCAUUAAUUGAUAAGAGGUACUCCGUAUUAUAGUAAUGUGAGCUUGUCUUGUUGGAUUCGUUUCAUUAUACUCCCUCCGCAUUUAGUUAUUUGCAACAAUUGUACUUUUUACGGACUGUUAGGCAAAACUUCUUAAGCAUGACUACUGAAAAUUAAAAGGAGAGGGAAGGGAUAAUUAAUCCCACAUCCACGCAACCCCCACCACUGACCUAGAACCACCACGAACUCAGACCACCGACACCCACCACGAACUCAGAC